AUGCCAACAGCAACGCAGCCAGCAUCACCGUCAGCAUACAUACGCGCAGACAUCCCCGCCGCAUCCCCGACAUAUCGACCCGGAACACAUGCAGCAUAUCGGAGCAUUGCCUUUGGAGCAUCGUCCAACAAGUCGUUUGCAAAAGCACCUUCCUUGCAUGCCUACAUCGCAGCAGCCCUAUCGCCUGUCGCAGUCGUGCAUGCCAUCUGCCGGUUGUUGGCCCACCUGGAUAUCGUCAAUGUGGUGUGCAACCAGACGGACAGAAUCGUCGGCGUGCUCAGCACCGUCACGAUCCGAUACCAGGCCCCCUGCGGCACAGCAGCAGCAGUAGCAUCACCAGCAGCUUCGCAAAGGCAUCAACUACUCGACGCAUGCCGCGUAUCGACCUUCUCUGCAGGUCCCACACUGCCGUCCACCGACGCGUUCAGCCAUAAUCAUCGCCCCACCCGACAUCGCAUCACUAGCUCAGCUAUCUCUCCCCUCCGCGGCUACGGUUCUCGACUUUACGUUAAGGGAAGGAUCAUGGGUCACAAGCGCUCGCAGCGCGUGGCCAAGUGCCACACCUCCCUCAUCAAGAUCGAGGGUGUUGAGAAGACCGAGGAGGCCAAGUUCUACUUUGGCAAGCGCGUCGCCUACGUCUACAAGGCCACCAAGGAGGUGCGUGGCAGCAAGAUCCGCGUCAUCUGGGGCCGCAUCACCCGCUCUCACGGCAACUCGGGUGUCGUGCGUGCCAAGUUCGCGCACAACAUCCCUCCCCAGGCCUUCGCUGCCCGCGUUCGUAUCAUGCUCUACCCCUCGAGCAUCUAA